CAGCAGCAGCAGCAGCAACAGCAACAGCAACAGAAGGCGGAUCGGAGUGGGAACAAAACAUAGUAUUAGCAGAAGCAUCAAAAAGAGUCGGAACGACAGCAUUAGCCAAGUGGAUUCACAGUGUGCACAUUAGCCAUCCGACACAUAGACAGAUUGCCAACAAAAUGCUGGCCAGUGAGACUUUUCCCGCACAUCACUUCAAGGAAUCUAUAUUUAAGCCUUACAGCACGAGUGGCUCGGCCAGCGUCGACGAUUUGGCAAGCGCUAACAAAACAUUGACAUCCGCGGCGACCACGUCGUCAUCGCCUGAUACUCAUGCAGCCAUUGACAUCGCUCCCACUGCAUCCUCAGUCGAGUUUGACACUGCCCGCAAAAUGUUGACCAACAACAGCAGCAGUAGCAGCAGCAAUAACAUUAACAAUAACAAUAACGAUACCAAGGAUGAUAUGUUCGGUUUUUUGGCCAGCCAUCCGGCAGCCCCGUUCGAGGGCUUCAUCCGGGCCUGCGUGGACGAGAUUAUCAAGCUGGCCGUCUUCCAGGGAACCAACCGAUCCACCAAAGUCGUGGAGUGGCACGAGCCCGCCGAGCUUCGCCAGCUCUUCGACUUUCAGCUGCGUGACAAAGGGGAGCCGCAGGAGAAGCUGCGAGAGCUUCUGCGCGAGACCAUACGGUUCUCGGUGAAGACCGGGCAUCCGUACUUCAUAAAUCAGCUGUACUCGGGCGUGGACCCCUACGCCCUGGUGGGCCAGUGGCUCACCGACGCCCUUAACCCCAGUGUCUACACGUACGAGGUGGCGCCCCUGUUCACGCUGAUGGAGGAGCAGGUGUUGGCCGAGAUGCGUCGCAUUGUGGGCUUCCCCAAUGGCGGCCAGGGCGACGGCAUCUUCUGUCCUGGCGGUUCGAUAGCCAACGGUUAUGCAAUCAGCUGUGCGCGCUACAAACACGCGCCCGAGUCCAAGAAAAAGGGACUCUUCAGUGCCAAACCUUUGAUUAUAUUCACAUCGGAGGAUGCGCACUAUUCGGUGGAGAAAUUGGCCAUGUUCAUGGGCUUCGGAAGCGAGCAUGUGGUCAAGAUAGCGACCAAUGAGGUGGGAAAGAUGCGUCUCAGCGAUCUGGAGGAGCAGAUUCGGCGGUGCCUGGACAAUGGCUGGCAGCCCCUGAUGGUCUCGGCAACGGCCGGCACCACAGUGCUGGGCGCCUUUGAUGACUUGACAGGGAUAGGCGACCUGUGCAAGAAGCACAACAUGUGGAUGCACGUAGAUGCGGCAUGGGGAGGCGGUGCGCUGAUGUCCAAAAAGUAUCGGCAUCUGCUUAACGGCAUCGAACGGGCUGAUUCGGUGACGUGGAACCCUCACAAGUUGUUGGCCGCCUCGCAGCAGUGCUCCACCUUCCUGACCCGCCACCAGCUGGUCCUGGGCCAGUGCCACUCGACCAAUGCGGCGUACCUCUUCCAGAAGGACAAGUUCUACGACACCUCCUACGACACUGGGGACAAGCACAUCCAGUGCGGACGCAGGGCGGACGUCUUCAAGUUUUGGUUCAUGUGGAAGGCCAAGGGCAGCAUGGGCCUGGAAGCCCACGUGGAGAAGGUCUUUCAGAUGGCCGAGUUCUUCACCGCCAAGGUACGAGAGCGGCCCGGCUUCGAGUUGGUUCUGGAGAAUCCCGAGUGCACAAACAUAAGCUUCUGGUACGUGCCCCCCAGCCUCCGUCAGAUGGAGCGGAAUCGGGAGUUUUACGACAAGUUGCACAAGGUGGCGCCCAAGGUCAAGGAGAGAAUGAUUAAGAAGGGCUCCAUGAUGAUCACAUAUCAGCCCCUGCGCCAGCUGCCCAACUUCUUCCGCCUGGUGCUGCAGAACUCGUGUCUGGAGGAGUCGGACAUGAUCUACUUCCUCGACGAGAUCGAGUCUCUGGCUCAGAACUUGUAGUUGCGAGCAGGAGAUAAAUUAAGAGCUGAAGCCGAAGCUGGUUAUGUGUUUAAGUGUUGACAAACAUUCUCUCUAGGCAUAUGCCGUACAUGUAUGUAAAUUGAAAGUCUCGUAGCAUUUCCUUUGCUACAUUUGCUUACAAAUAAUAUUGGAUAUUAAGUAUUACCUAAAAACAAAAAUACAUAGAAUAUUUAUAGGUCAUUUGA